AUGGCGGCGGGAGGGGCAGCGGUGCAAGCAGGAACGGCGGAUCCGUGCUCCGGCGGGCAGGACGAUUCAGGAAGUGAAGCUACAAGGACAAAAUUGAAGGAUGCAUGGGAUAAGAAGUGGAAGGAAUUAACGCAGAAUGGACAACUUGUCCAAACGGAAAGAAUUCCGGGUGAUGCGGGGACGAGGGUGACGGAAAUGUUGGAUGACUUGAAGCGCUACAUGAAAUGGGGGGAUGCCCCGGGGAGUGCCUCAACUGCAUGUGCAAGUCUGAGUGCAGGAAGCACCGGGAGAACAGGUCAUAUGAAGAAUAUAUGCAAAGUAUUAGUACAAAUAGUUAACUGGAUGGGGAAUUUACAGAAGGAUGGGAGCAAUAAAAAAAAUAACACUCUGGAACCGUCAUGGGUGCCGUAUUUAAGGUGUGUAGUAGGAAGUGGAAUUAUAUUGAGGAUCCUCGGAAAUAAGUGUAAGUCGCAGGACAUUAUGAAUGUUAUUUUUAAUACAAUGAAAAAUGGGGGUACUGAGGGUACAUUAUCAGGUAUGGGUGGUAUAUGUUCUUGGGUUAAGGUUGACGAUAUGGAGGAAGCCGAACAGCUGCUUCGUCCUACAUUGGAUCAGUGGUUAAAUACUGCAAAGGGACAUACAAGUAAAGGCGGUAUUAGUGGCGUCAAUAAUGUAGUUCACUGGUUUAAGUGCGAAGGGAAUGAGAAACAACAGGAAGAGCAGGCGGAGAAAGAAAAAGGAAAAUGCAAAAGUGAAAGAAUUAUGGACUUAUUAGGAGCAGGGAAAUUAGGGGCUUUACGUACAGUAAUCGAUCCAUUAGAAAAGGCUAGAGUAUGCAUCCAAAGCUACAUAGACAAUAACAGCAGCGGCAACGCCGGACAUGGCAAAUUAUGUAAUCGUCUACAAUGUAUUGAUGAUUACUUGAAGGCGACUAAAGGACAAACAGUAGCAGCAGCUGGACAGACGACAACUGCCGCGGCCCUGUGGAACGACGUCCAAACUCAAGUUACCAAACUUGCUACAACUGUAUCUAACAAUGUGGGGAGCGACAGCGAUGCAGACGGUCUGUGCAAGGACGUUAAGUGCCCCAAUGAUGGUGAAGAGGAGUGUGUGAGCAAAACGACAUGCAACAUUAUGGCUAAAGCAUUAAAGGAGGUAUAUAAAAAAGGGGAAGCGGACCAAGAGGAUUAUCGAAUAUUCUAUCCUACCCUUCGUUGUGUAAUAUUGAAUGCAUUCGCAGAUAAAUUAAAAGAUCGGGCGAACGAAGGUGGUUAUGCUUGCGCUGUAGAGGAAGGAAUAGAGGGGGCCUUUGCUGCAGCGCAGGAGAAGAAUAAAUAUAAGGAAUGGUGUAAUGGGAAUGGUAAGAAUGAUGGUUCCUGUCAGCCAUGUGGAAAGCAGCAUCAGGUGUGUACGGCUUAUAGUAUUAAAGGGACCACCUCCCUGGUGAGCAAAGUGAUGAAUGAGUUAAACAAAAACACCACCAACAUACAAAAAACCUUAUCCGAAAUAAGUAAUAAGGUCUCUUUAUGUGAUCGUAUGAAUUGUAUAAUAAAACAAUGGAUUGAUAACAAUACAUCAGGAGCAACGACACCAGGAGCAGCAACGACAAGAGGAGUGUCUACGACAAAUACGGACCAAUUCUGGGGUGAGAAGGGUGAUGUUAUGAAAUUGUGGAAUGAAUUAGCAAAGAAAAUGAAGGAGACAAAUGGAAAGGUGAAUGGACAAUGUGAUUUAUUUGCAACUGACGCUGAGAAGUGGGCAUGCAAGUAUUUGCAUGCCGGCUUCACCGAACUGAAGAGCAUUUCCUCGUCCAUAACAACUAAUGCAGGUGCUUACGAAACCCUGCAUAAAGACCCAUCGUUUGUCCAAACGAUGGGUUGUUUCUUACUCCAUUCCUAUGCAAAAUAUAUGAAAGACAAAGCAACUUGUAAUAUUGAAAAGGGGAUAACACAGGCAUUUGAGUCAUGGAAUGUAAGUUCUAAUGGUAAUUGCAGUGGCACGGAACCUUGUGUUCCGUGCCAAUGGAAUGGAAAAGACCAUGAAAGUUGCACAAUUAAAACAAAUGGAAGCACUGACCCAAAUUACAAGGUUGAGGAAAAAUUGAAGGACAUCGUCAAUGAGGACAAGGACACCAAAAUAAAGGAAAUGCUAUCUAACAUAAAUAAAAGGACUACUUUAUGUGACCAUAUGAAAUGUAUAGCAUCCCACUUAAGUUCCACAAACGGACAACAAAAACAAUCGAAUACAUCUGCGGAAGAAUUCUGGGGUAAGGAUGUUAAGAAAUUGUGGGAUGAAUUGGUAGAUGAAAUGAAGAAGAAGGGCCAUGUAGACGGAAACGGAAAUGGAGAUUGUACUGGAUUCGAUAAUCCAUCUGCGGAAAGGGCAUGCAAAUAUUUGUAUGCCGCCUUCACCAAACUGAAGGAACUUUCAGGGUCCACUGCGUCUCAAAACAAAAACGGUGAAAUCCUGUCUAAGGACCCAUCGUUUGUCCAAACGAUGGGUUGUUUUUUACUUCACGCUUAUGCAACACACAUUAAAGGGAAGUCGACUUGUGUCAUUGAUGAAGGGAUAAAACGCGCUUUUGAUUCAUGGAAUCCAAAUAAUAAUGCUACUUGCAAAGGUUCCAAUGGCACGGAACCUUGUGUUCCGUGCAAAUGGAUUGAAGACGACUAUAAAAGUUGCGAAAUUACCACAAAUGGAAGCACUGGCACCACAACACCAACGGACGUAAAGACCAAAGUGAAAGAAAUUGUCAAUAAAGAAGAACCAAACACUGCGUCCAUCAUACAGAACAUAAAUGAAAUGAAGACUUUAUGUGAUGGUUUACAAUGUAUAGCAUCCCACUUAAAUUCGCCCAACGCACAACAACAGAAAGCGGACGACUUCUGGAACAAGGAGGUCAAGGCAUUGUGGACAGACCUGUCCUCAGCAAUGACCACAAAUGAUAGAAGCGGAAAUGGAUGUGGUCAAAUGGAUAAUGGCACUGGUGCCACUGGUGGCAGAACUGCCACCACCCCUGAAAGGAAGGCAUGCAACUAUUUUCAUGGCGGAUUAACUGAACUGUACAAUGGUUCGACGGCGGCGGCGCAGCCGUCGUCGUCAGGAUCUAACAUCCUAUCCAAACACCCAUCGUUGAGACAAACGAUGGGUUGUUUCCUUCUUAAGGAAUAUGCAAAACAAAUGGGAAAAAAAUCGACUUGUCCUAUUGAUUCCGGUUUAAGGAAAGCUUUCGACACUGCUGGUAACGGCAGCAGUGUUAAUUGCAAAUGGGAAGAAAAAUUGGAUGGCUGCAAUGUGACCACUGACAAAGGCUCUGUCACUGUGAAGACCAAAGUGGAUCCAAUACUCACGUCAAAUGAGAUAAGCAUAGAAGCCGUCACUGAACACAUUAAUGAAAGGACCACUUUAUGUGACAAACUCCAAUGUGCCACAUCCAAUUGGUUCAAAAACCACAGUAACGUUAAUAGUGUUGCUACUAAGAAAACUUGGUGUAACUUUUGGGAUGGCGCAGUUAGGACAACAUUGCAAGCGAUGUUCAAGCACAUCGAUGAAAAAGGAAAGACCGAAACUAAUGCUGCAUGCAAUGACUUUGGUGAUGGUAAUCCUGAUAGUGUUGAAAGAAAAGCAUGUAAUCAUAUCACAGCAGGUUUAGAACACAUUAACACACUUAGUGGUAGUGGUGGUAAUGAUAAUGACCAACUGCUCGCUCGAGCAGUUGGUUGUAUUGCUCUUAACAUGUACGCAGAUAAAAUAAUUAACGAAUCGAAAGAGAAAUGUCCCAUUCAUGAUACAAAAAUAAUAGAAAUGUUUAAUGAAUGGAAUAGAAUUAAUAAUUAUUCGUGUUUGGACUCUGGUGGUAGUGGUAAUGGUAAUAAUAAUUGUUUCGUUUGCCAAAGGCAAUGGGAAGACUUUAAUGAUUGCAAACUAAGUGUUUCGAAAACUCUGAUUAAUACAACACCACCAAGUGGAAGUUGCACUUCUAACGACAACAGAGAAAAUGUGCAUACUGAAAUAAAAAAACUCUUCGAAGACAAAAAUACCAUCAAAAUGGGCGAAACAUUAUCCACCAUAAAUAAAAUGGACUCUUUCUGCACUAAACUCCAAUGUGCUGCAAAACAGUACCAUACCAAAACAUUAAAGAAGAGUGGGACAGAACCUGUAUCUUGGAAUGCCUUGAGCGGUGCUAUCGGAAAGGAAUUAGCGCAACUUUUAGGACAUAUGUCGCAGAAAGAGAGUCAGGCUGAAGUUACCCAAUACUGCAAUAAUGACACUGAAUGGAGUAAACUUGGCCAUACAGAAAGGCGAACAAAUAAAGCAGCUUGUUUACUUUUUGCUGCAGGACUGCAGCACAUUUAUACCCAUGGUAAUGGCCCAAAGAAGGACCUUCUUAAGGACCCAUCGUUUGAACAAACGAUGGGUUGUUUAUUUCUUAAAGAAUAUGCAAAACAAUUAGAAGAAAUGGCAAAAGAGAAGAGAAAAGGAUAUAGUUGGGUACAUCCCCAUUGUAGUAUAGAUCAGGGCAUAAAGCAUGCUUUUGAUGAAAUUAAUGCCACUAUGAAAUCAUCAUCUGAAUGCAAGAAUGGUACUAAUGGUACUAAUGACUGUUUUGUGUGCACACAAGACGAAAACGAUUAUAAAAAUUGCCUAAUUGGUUCUGACAGUGUAAAGACCAAUGUGGAAUCAAUGUUUAACGAAGAAACGAACAAAAAACAUAUGCAACAAACAUUAGAGAAUACAGUCUGUCCCAUCCUUCUUACGGAUCUCCUUACCCCAUUUCUUCCUUUGGCUCCUGUCUCUAUUGGUCUUUCUGCUAUGGCUUAUUACCUUUGGAAGUAUUUUGGUCCUCUUGGUAAAGGAGGACCACGUUUCCGAAGAUCUCCUACUGAAAUUCCUGGUCCAUCAGUACAGGAACAAGUGCUCGAUCAUGUGCAACAGGAUAGUUCACAUGAAUAUCAAUUGGUGAAGGAACGAAAACCUCGUUCUGCUCCAACUAGAACGAAACGUUCUGGUCGCGUGAAUCGUCGAACGAUUAUUGAAAUUCAUUUUGAAGUGUUGGACGAAUGUCAAAAAGGGGAUACACAAUUGAACCAGAAGGAUUUCCUGGAACUUUUGGUUCAAGAGUUCAUGGGAUCCGAAUUAAUGGAAGAAGAACAGGUUCCUAAGGAAGACGUUCUUAUGGAAGGGGUUCCAAUGGAAGAGGUUCCUAUGGAAAGUAUUCCUUUGGAGCAGGCUCCAAUGGAACGUGUUCUAAGUUCAGGUUCCGGGUUACUGGUUUAA